CCUGGCUGCUCUGCCCCGCGGCUUGUGCGCGCUUGUGGACCGCGCGGGCCUUCGGGAGAUCGAUGCAGGCCUGGGGCAGUCUCCUUUCUGGACUGAGAAGAGAAGAAUGGAGAAGAGCCCCUUCCCAUUAGUGCCUUUGCAUUGGUUUGGCUUUGGCUACACAGCACUGGUUGUUUCUGGUGGGAUCGUUGGCUAUGUAAAAACAGGCAGGGUGCCGUCCCUGGCUGCAGGGCUGCUUUUCGGCAGCCUAGCUGGCCUGGGUUCUUAUCAGAUGUCUCAGGAUCCAAGGAACGUUUGGGUUUUCCUAGCUGCUACAUCUGUUACUUUUGUUGGUGUUAUGGGAUUGAGAUCCUACUACUAUGGAAAAAUCAUGCCUGUAGGUUUAAUUGCAGGUGCCAGUUUGCUGAUGGCCGCCAAAAUUGGAGUUCCUAUGUUGAUGACAUCUGAUUAGCAGAAGUCAUGUUCCAGCUUGGACUCCUGAAGGAUUAAAAAUCUGCAUCUUCCACUAUUUUCAAUGUAUUAAGAGAAAUAAGUGCAGCAUUUUUGCAUUUGACAUUUUACCUAAAAAAAAAAAGACACCAAACUUGGCGGAGGGGUGGAAAAUCAGUUCUUACCAUUAUAACCCUACAGAGGUUAUAAUGAGGAUGUAACACGAGCUUAUUGAGACCCUCAUAGAGAUCGAUUCUUGUAUAUUGAUGUUGUCUCUUCUUUCUGUAUCUAUAGGUAAAUCUCAAGGGUAAAAUGUUAGGUGUUGACAUUGAGAGCCCUGAAACCCCAUUCCCUGCUCAGAGGAACAGUGUGAAAAAAUAGAGUAUUUGUUCUUUUGCUCAUCUUAGACCACAGACUGACUUUGAAAUUAUGUUAAGUGAAAUAUCAUUGAAAAUAAAGUUUACUAUAAAUAA